AGUCCAGCCAGCCGCCAUGAGGUUCCCGUUGCUCCUGGGGUUCUUGCUGGCAAGCCUGGAGUCCGUGCUUUUGGGUCCCCCUUGGAGAAACCGCCAGGAGCAGAGACAGGCGGCUGCAGGGAACACUGUGGUGCUGACUGUCAGCGGGGAACUCUGCCAUUUUCCUUUCCAAUACCACCGGCGGCUCUACCACCAUUGUACCCAGAGGGGCCGGCCGGGCUCCCAGCCCUGGUGCGCUACCACCCCCAACUUUGAUCAAGACCAGCGAUGGGGGUACUGCUUGGAGCCCAAGAAAGAGAAAGACCACUGCGGCAAACAUAAUCCCUGCCAUAAGGGGGGUACCUGUGUGAACACACCCCAAGGCCCCCGCUGUCUCUGUCCCGAGCUCUUCACCGGCAAGCACUGCCAGAAAGAGAAAUGCUUCGAGCCUCAGCUUCUCCGAUUCUUUCAUGAGAAUGAAAUUUGGUACCGGGCUGAGCAGGCUGGUGGGGCCAGGUGUCAGUGCCGGGGGCCCGGGGCCCAGUGCCAACUGCUGGCUGGUCAAGCCUGCCAGGCCAAUCCGUGUCUCAAUGGGGGACACUGCGUGGAAGUGGAGGGGCACCAGCUGUGUCACUGCCCUGAGGGCUAUUCUGGAAGCAUCUGCGAUGUGGAUCUUGAGACAAAUUGCUACGAAGGGCGGGGUCUCAGUUACCGCGGCAGGGAGCGGACCACGGUCUCGGGCGCUCGCUGUGAGUCCUGGACCUCGGAGGCCAGUUACAGCAACGUGAGCGUCGAGCAAGCGCGCCACUGGGGCCUGGGAGACCACGCUUUCUGCAGGAAUCCAGACAACGACACCCGUCCGUGGUGCUUUAUCUGGAUGGGCGACCGUCUAACCUGGGAAUACUGUCGCGUGCCACAGUGCCAGCCCCGGGGCCGGUUGAUGCCCCAAAUCCUUCCCGCACGCUGGAGACCCUCGGGGUACCCGGAGUCUCCCCCUCCCCCACCUUCACCCAGGCAGAAACCCGAGUCCUUGACUCCCACCGGGAGCUCAACUCAUCCCCCGACCACUGCCUCGCCCACUUUGCCCCAGAAGCAGUCGACCCCCUGGUCCAAGGUGCGCCAGGUGGAGCCGGAGGGUUGCGGCCGACGGCUCCGGAAACGGUUUUCCUCGAUGCGCCGCGUGGUCGGGGGGCUGGUGGCGCUGCCCGGGGCGCACCCUUACAUCGCAGCGCUGUACUGGAGCGACGGUUUCUGUGCCGGCAGCCUCAUCGCCCCGUGCUGGGUGCUGACGGCGGCGCACUGCCUGCAGAAGCGGCCUGCGCCCAAGGAGCUGACGGUGGUGCUGGGUCAGGAGCGCUAUAACGAGAGCUGCCAGCAGUGCCAGACGCUGGCCGUGCACUCUUACCGUUUGCACGAAGGCUUCUCGUCCACGACCUACCAGCACGACCUGGCCUUGCUGCGCCUGCAGGAGCGCGCGGACGGCAGCUGCGCCCUCACGUCGCCCUACGUGCAGCCGGUGUGUUUGCCCCGCGGCCCCGCAUCGCCAGCCCAAGACGAGAGCAUGGUGUGCGAGGUGGCAGGCUGGGGCCACCAGUUUGAUGGGGCGGAGGAAUACUCCAGCUUCCUGCAGGAGGCGGAGGUGCCUCUGAUCUCCCCUGAGCGCUGCUCGGCCCCCGAAGUGCACGGGACCACUUUUCUCCAGGGGAUGUUGUGCGCCGGAUUCCUGGAGGGCGGCACGGACGCGUGCCAGGGGGACUCCGGAGGUCCGCUGGUGUGUGAGAACGAGGACGCUGAGGACCAGCUCAUCCUUCGAGGCGUUGUCAGCUGGGGCUCUGGCUGUGGAGACCGCAAUAAGCCAGGUGUCUACACCGACGUUGCCAACUACCUGGCCUGGAUUCAGGAGCAUCUGGAUUCCUGAUCUCACCCAGGAAUGCGUCUUUUGCUCCUGGACGAGAUCAGGGAGCCGGUCGGGGCAGGAGUCUGGAUGGGCAAGGAACGCUCAUGCAUGCCACAAUCAAUAAAUAGCCUUUUGAGGGGUCCAGAGAGAUAGGACAGCGGGGAGGGUGCUAGCCUCGCACACUGCCCAUCCGGGUUUGAUUCCCAGCAUCCCAUAGGAUCCAUCAAGACCUCCAAGAGUGGGGGCUGGAGAAAUAGCACAGCGGGUAGGGCGCUUGCCUUGCACGUGGCUGACCCGGGUUCGAUUCCCAGCAUCUCACAUGGUUCCCCGAGCAUGGCCAGGAGUAAUUCCUGAGUGCAUGAACCAGGAAUAAGCCCUGUGCAUCGCUGAGUGUAACCCAAAAAGCAAAAUAAAUAAAUAAAUAAAUAAAAGACCUCCAAGAGUGAUCCCUGAGCACAGAGCCAGGAGUGUCAGCCCUGAGAACCUCCAGGUGUGGCCAAAAAACCAACCAAACAAAAAAUGACUAAAAAAGAGCUCUUUUGAGGGAAGGAUCUUGUGCUCUCGGUUAUAUCCCCAAGCACCGCCAGGGGUCACUCCUAAGCACAGGGCUAGGAGUAGCCCCUCAACACGGAUGAGCACAACCCCCAAACGCACCUGGGUACUCCU